UAAAAUUUUAGCAGCGUCCGCAAAACGUUAAUACAAAUUUUCUCUCGUGCCCGUCUUGUGCCAUGAAAACGUUAUCGGUUCUUCUGCUGGCGGCCGUUUGCUUGGGCUACGCCAGCGCCGAGGGAAAGUUGAAAAUCGGCGUCAAAAAGCGGGUCGAGAAUUGCACCGUCCGAACGAAGAAGGGCGACCUGGUGCACAUGCACUACACGGGCACUCUGGAGGAUGGAACCGAGUUCGAUAGCAGCAUUCCACGGGGUGAACCGCUGACCUUUACCCUCGGCAUGGGGCAGGUGAUCAAGGGGUGGGAUCAGGGACUGUUGAAUAUGUGCGAAGGCGAGAAGCGUAAGUUGAUCAUUCCACCGGAGCUGGGCUACGGAGCGCGUGGUGCCGGCGAGAAGAUCCCACCGAACUCAGUGCUAAUCUUCGAGGUCGAACUGACGAAGAUCGAGCGCAAGACGGAGCUUUAGAAUCUCGAAAACAGUGAGUAGAUUUUCUCCUCAUAUUUUUUGUAGUUCUAUGGAAUAAAAGCAUUUAUUUCGAAUUUUCUACC